UUCUUCCAAAAGUUUUGAUUUUUGAAGAACACCUCUAUUCACCCCCCCCCCUCUAGAGGUGCGUAAGUUGUUCAACAAUUGGUAUCAGAGCGUGGCUGCAUUUCCAAAGCUUUACCGCCGGAAAUCUAGAUCAUGGCCGGUAGAACAUUCCAAGCUGGUGUAUCCGAAGGACAAUCUACUACACGUCCUCCAUUCUUUGAUGGUACAAAUUAUGCAUAUUGGAAGGAAAGAAUGAGGAUAUUCAUACAAUCAAAUGCCUUCGACUCAUGGAUGGUAAUCAAGCAUGGAAACACUACUCCUGCAAAUAUUGUUGAUGGAAUUCGUGUUCCCAAGUUGGAAUCCGAAUAUGAUGAUCAAGACAAGAAGAACGUCAUGCAAAAUGCCAAAGCCAUCAACUAUCUUUAUUGUGCAGUCAACCCCGAUGAUUAUAGAAAGAUAUCAAGAUGCAAAUCCGCCAAUGAGAUGUGGACUAAACUCGAAGUCACUUAUGAAGGUACAUCUCAAGUUAAAGAUGCUAGAGUUGAUAUCUUAUUGCAUGAAUACGAAUUAUUCUCAAUGAAGGAGAAUGAAAGCAUUGAUAGUUAUUUUGAGAGAUUCUCUACAAUCAUCAACAAUCUUGACACGCUCGGAAAGUAUUACACCGAUCAUGAGCUUGUCCGGAAAAUUCUGCGUUGUAUGACUCCUGAGUGGAAAUCCGAGGUGAACGCCAUAACUGAA